ACCCAACAAGAUGUAUUUUCCUGGGUGGAGAAAUGUAUAGCUUCCCAGAGUACUUUCUGACACAGAGAGAUAAUUUCUCAUAUUUGUAGAGUUUUAUCUGAAAGGGUGAUGGAGAAGAAAAAAUGCGAAGCUUUAACUUAUACGACUCCUUAUGGUUACUAAUUUCUUCUGAAUGAUUUCGGCAACAGGCCUAUGAACCCGGGAGUUGACUUCCAUUUUGAUCACUGCUCAAGUACCAUGCCGAGCAGAAUGGGAUCAAAAAUGAAUCUGAAGAGAGAUAUCAUCAGAGUAAAAACUCAUUAUAAUGGGGAUAUCCUCAUAACAAAUCUGGGAGCAUCCAUGAACUAUGAUGAACUUUGUGAUGAAGUGAGAGAGAUGUGCAAUUUACAGCAGGAACAACCAAUUACCCUUAAAUGGAUCGACAAUGAAGGUGACCCAUGUACCAUUUCAUCUCAGAUGGAACUGGAGGAAGCAUUCCGCUUGUACUGUCAGCAGAGGGAUGAAGGGCUUAUUAUUCACGUCUUCCCCAGCAUUCCCGAAAAACCAGGCAUGCCGUGUCCGGGCGAAGACAAAUCAAUCUACCGUCGCGGAGCCAGAAGAUGGAGGAAGCUGUACAGAGUGAAUGGGCAUCUGUUUCAAGCCAAACGCUUUAACAGAAGAGCAUACUGUGGCCAGUGCAGUGAAAGGAUAUGGGGUCUCGGAAGGCAAGGCUACAAGUGUAUCAACUGCAAGUUGUUGGUCCAUAAACGCUGUCACAUACUUGUCCCACUGACCUGCAAAAGGCAUAUGGAUUCUGUGAUGCCUUCCCAGGAACCUCAGUUAGACGAUAAGAAUGAUGAAGGUGACAUUCCCACAGAAGAAAACGAUGGAAUACCCUAUAUUCCUUCAGCCCGGAAGCAUGACAAUAUUAAAGAUGAUUCUGAGGAUCUCAAGCCUGUUAUCGAUGGAAUGGACGGAAUUAAGAUCUCUCAGGGGCUUGGCCUGCAGGACUUUGAUCUGAUCAGAGUGAUUGGACGUGGAAGCUAUGCCAAAGUUCUUUUAGUACGGUUAAAAAAGAAUGACCAAGUUUAUGCCAUGAAAGUAGUGAAGAAAGAAUUAGUCCAUGAUGAUGAGGAUAUUGAUUGGGUGCAGACAGAAAAACAUGUGUUUGAACAGGCAUCCAGUAACCCAUUCCUAGUCGCACUUGCAUGUUAUACUUUCAGGUUAUUUCUUGUUAUAGAGUACGUGAAUGGGGGUGACCUCAUGUUUCAUAUGCAACGUCAAAGAAAACUCCCAGAAGAACACGCAAGGUUUUACGCUGCUGAGAUCUGUAUUGCUCUGAACUUCCUACACGAAAGAGGCAUCAUCUACAGAGAUUUAAAAUUAGACAAUGUUCUCCUGGACGCAGAGGGUCAUAUCAAGUUAACAGACUAUGGCAUGUGCAAGGAGGGAUUGGGCCCCGGUGACACUACAAGCACUUUCUGUGGAACGCCAAAUUACAUUGCUCCAGAGAUAUUACGAGGAGAAGAGUAUGGGUUCAGCGUGGACUGGUGGGCACUUGGUGUCCUAAUGUUUGAAAUGAUGGCAGGAAGAUCUCCCUUUGAUAUUAUUACUGACAAUCCAGAUAUGAAUACUGAAGAUUACCUCUUCCAAGUUAUCCUUGAGAAACCAAUUCGAAUUCCAAGAUUCCUUUCUGUCAAGGCCUCUCAUGUCCUGAAAGGAUUUUUAAAUAAGGAUCCCAAAGAAAGGCUUGGGUGCCAACCACAAACUGGAUUCUCUGAUAUCAAAUCGCAUACAUUCUUUCGCAGUAUAGACUGGGAUCUGCUGGAAAAGAAGCAGGCAACCCCCCCAUUUCAGCCUCAGAUCACAGACGAUUACGGCUUGGAUAACUUCGAUACCCAGUUCACCAGCGAACCCGUACAACUAACUCCAGAUGAUGAAGACGUAAUAAAAAGAAUAGACCAGUCGGAGUUUGAAGGAUUUGAAUAUAUUAAUCCCUUGUUGCUGUCGGCUGAGGAAACGGUAUGAGAAAGACGGCAUCUGCAUCGAGGACAAACAAUGUGAAUGAACUUUUACAUUUAAUCCUUAACAACAGUAUAUGCAUGCAAGGCUGGGGGGAACUGUACGGUUUUGAAUGGAGACCAAUGACGACGAUUGCUGCUGAAAACUCAAAAAGAACAUGAUUUUUUGGUGGGUGUCUUCCUCUUAUUUUUUUUGAAAAAAGUUUGGGGCACUGACUGACACAACCGGCUUCACGAAGAAAUCUACAUUUCGUGCCUGCUUCAUGAAGGGUCAGUGGUUCAUUGCAUCCUCCAGGGGGGAAAGGAGGGAGAGAUUCCAAACCACGUUAAAAGCCAUGUGCUUUUGAUGGACGUUCGAUGUGACGAGCUACUAGAACAGUG